UUGAGCAGAAGCACCCCCUCAUAGGUUGGAAAAAGCCAUCAGUGGUCGUAGGUAUAAUUCGUCUUGUUGGUAGCGAAGCGCAGGCAACGCGUGCAUCAAAGACACUCACGGAUUGUGUUGCUUCUUUUGCAGUUUCAGCCGGCUAUAUUUUAUUUACCAUCCAACAGGAGGUUCCGUCUUUUAAAGAAUUCUAUAUGCGUCUUAACAGCUUGUAUACUCCUCGAACAGACGGAGGCUGGUUACCCUAUCACUAAGCCACGUGAUUUCUCAGACACGCUAGUGAUGGCCCGAUUUGCAGACGGCAGGGGCUUUACUUUGGAGGAAAUAUCUGAAGAAGUAAAUACCUUCAUGUUUCCCGGCCACGAGACCAUGACCGCUUCUUUGACAUGGUUACUGUACAACCUGGCAAAGUAUCCCCAUCAUCAGACGAAGAUUAGGGAAGAAGUGAAGGAGAUUUUGGCCGAUAGAGACUCGGACGGAAUAACGAGCAAGGACCUCAGCCGUAUGGAGUAUAUGACUCUUGUCAUCAAGGAGUCCAUGAGAAUGAUGAACGCAGCACCGAUGAUCAGUCGCACCGUGACAGUUCCCUACAAAGUGAACGGCGUUACAAUCCCUGCUGGAUCCAUGGUAUUUCUCAGCAUUCACCAGCUCCAUCACAACCCGAGUGUCUGGGGCCACGACCAGAUGGAGUUCAAGCCCUCUCGGUUCCUGCCCGAGAAACUCUCCCGGAUGGACUCCUUCGCCUACGUGCCGUUCUCAACCGGAGCGAGGAAUUGCAUUGGGCAGCAGUUCGCCUUGAAUGAGAUGAAGGUGUUUUUGGGUCGAAUCCUGAGGAGGUUCCGUCUGAGUCUGGUUGACGGAGAGCCAGAGCCGGGUCCAUAGAUGAACCUCGAACAAACCAAUAGAAACUAAAUCUCGAAUACAGUGAAAAUUACAACUUUCCAUCUGUUGUCUUUCCACCCUGAUUGCUAUCAGGUAACUGAAUAUGUAGUUUAUACUGAAGCUGCUUUAAAACAUUUGUUCCAGUGGUGCACUGAGUUGAUUUGCGUUACGGUUGCAAUGUGAGGACCAAUAAUUUGCAGUUUCUGCCGUGUACGUACACAGUCUAAAGUAAUAAAGUUGUGAUAAUCUGUUCAUUAAAAUGUCUCUUUAAUAAUUACUUGUGGUGUCUAUGUUAUGAUACUGAUAAAGUAGGUUUUCAUUGAUUACAGAAUUAAGAAAAAAUAAUACUGUUCACGUUGUGAUUGUGUGUCGAAAUGAUAAUUUCAAAUAAUUUGUAAAUAAAUGUAAAUAAAUGGAGGCAAAUUUAGACAGAAUAUAAGCUUGCUUUACAAUGUCUUGAAGACUUCCCCGAAUUUAGGGUUUGUUUUUCUGACUCUCGGUAGUUAGCUUUGAAAAACAUUUAUAAAUAUACUUUUGCUAGUUUUUGUUUGUUCGAAACUGUAGGAAAUAAUAGUUAUGUCAUGUAGCUCAUUUUUUAGUUUAUUAAAGGGAGAAUAUUUGGGAAAAAUUAUAAUCUCGACAUUUAUAUGUUUUGAUAGAGUUAGUUAUAGAUACCUUAUUUACCUGCAUUUAAGAUUCUAAAAGCACUAGGGGUAGCCUUUUGGUUCAUGGUUACAAAACGCAACUUGCACGAGUUUAGCGUAGAAUUGUUAAAAUAUCAUUUUACUUUAUAACCCUCCUUGAAAAUGACACACCUGAGGAAUAUUUGGCGUUCAUCCCUUGCCAUCCUUAAAGGCAUGCAGAUAUUGGUCUUAGGCUGUCUUAAAACAACGACACUUUAAAGGAGCAUUGGUGUAUCUUUUGCGAGACUUGUUUCCAUUAUUAAAGGAAUUGACCUCGGCAACAUUUCAGCAGCCUUACAUGUACUCCCAUCUUCCCGGGGAGUUGACGUUUUCAGAAAAAAAUUGACGAAUCUCCAAUUCCCCCUUAUUAAAAACCUGGAUAAGGAAGAAUGUUGUUUUGAUUGUUGCUACUAGUGUAUACAAAAUAAUUACCAUAGAACCUGUAUUUUCCUUCUUAAUAACUUUUAACUACUUUUAGAUAUCAAUUGUUUCAGAUUGUAAGGCCCUUUUCAGGGUUGUAGUUUUAACUUUUUCAUUGAAUAUACAAUAUCAGCAACUGGAGUGUAGAGGCAGAGUGUGGGCUUUGGUGGAAUUAAAGCGAAUUGUACAUUUUUCUUGGGAACUCGUUUUUCCUUUUUAACGCCCUGUAGAGUUGAAAUGGAUCUGAGGUUGUCAGUGAAUACUAAUUAAAAUGGUCACUAUUUUUGCUUGAUCCCUGGAUGAAUGUUUUCCAUUACAAUAAGCAAGUAUUGCCUACCGUGUGCUAAUGCUCACAAUACACAAUUGACGCCGUCGUACGAAAACGAAAAAAAAAUCCAAAUUACAAAAAUAUCAUAUGAACAUUAAGCUAAUCUAGUUGUGCGAGAUGAUUUUCCCUACAGGUUUUCAGCAGCCGUAAUCAUGUAUUUGGGCUCGUUUCCAAUGAUAUUCUGAGAAUACACUCAAAGGUAUGUGAAUGUAUAGAAAUUUAGACGAACAAUAUCGGAGGUAAAAGUUUAUAAUUUGUGAGACAAGUUGCAUCAAAUAUAAUACAAUUAAUAUGCUUGAUUCUCUUUUUUGCAUUACGUUUACAAGUCAAACACAUGAAAUCUCGGGCGAUUGUGGCAAGAAUUAAAAAAGUAUUAAGCCAUUUGCAUUAAAGACAAUCAAAAUAAUCACAUAUUUUAAUUAACACUUGUACAACAUUUGAAGUUAUUGUU